AUGCGUGGUCCAAGUUUGUCUUUGUUUGUUCCCACAAAAAAGUUUAAAGGUAAGGACAUGACUAGUGAAGACAGACCAACUGAAUCCCUUCAAUUCAUUGAAAUGUUAAAAUCGAACGAUCGAAAGGUCAAUGAUGAAAAAUUGGCCAGAUUUGGACUUCCACCGAAAGAGAAACUUUUCAAGUAUGAGAUUGUUCCCCAACAUGAAGCAGAAACCAUUUUUGCAAGCAAGACGAAAUUGAUGCCUCUGAAUAUACUUUUUGAAGGCAAUGAAUCAUUGUCACCGGAAGCUACCAGUCCUUUCUAUGCAGAGAGUGAUCCCUUAACUUCGUAUUGUUCAGAAGGUCAAAAUUUACCUUGCAAAGUUCGACCGUGUAAAACACCAUUUCCUAGCUCCCCCUUGCCUCUUUCAAGCUCUCCUUCACAACAGCAUAAUUCUGAUCUUAUAUCAGAGCUGGAAUUUUCGUCUGAACCUCAGUCCCAAUUCUCAGAACUAAUUCAUAGUGAAACGAUUUACACAGCAGAAACGACUUUCGAUUCGAAGCCCAAUCUUAACGAAUCAACUGAUCCUCUGGAUUCCAGCCAGGAACACCUUAUUAGUACCGAUACUGUCAUAAGCUCUGAGUCAAUAAUACCACACUCACUGUGA